AUGGAGUUCUUGAUGCAGCCGUUCAACAGUAGAACCUUGAUUGAAGAGGUGACUGACAGUGAGUUGCCAAUGGAGCCGGUGCACGACCCUGUGCAGUCACCGCCAGGCGGACAAGUGGGAGGUGCGAGCACUUCAAUUGGCGGUGGGCAGAUCUGUCCCCCAUCGGUGGAAGGACAAGCAAGGAGUGGAGAUAAGGCAGAUGCUUCAGAAAACUCCGUGGAGCAGAUUGAUCCAAAAACGCCUGCUUGGACACGAAGGGUCAAGAUAGGUGCUGCAGCACCAGCCACCAGGGCGUGCCCCAUGCCCAGAUAG